AGAAAUUAAACUUGGUUUGGCAGCUUCAUCUGAAGACUAGGAAGUCUUGCAAGCCGAAAGAGCACAGUGGCACUGAAUUGGGUCACUUUGUUUUUAAAGACAUACUUCACUUGCUCUGCUUAUUCCGCUCUGUUCUCUGAAGGCAAAAAAACAUCUGAUAAUCCGUUUCCAAAACAUUUGAAGGAGAGGAGGAGGGAUGAGAAACAUCAGCAGCAGCAGCAGCACCAACACCACCACAACCACCGCACAAUCGGUGCCGGACAUGGUGGCUGCGAUCAGGUUCCAUCCCACUGAAGAUGAAAAGGUCGACUUCUUGAGCAAGAAGAUGAAAAGUCACAACUCUCAAGCCUGCCUCUUCCUCCCUUUCAUCGAUGUCCGCAAGUUCGAGCCUUGGGAAUUGCCUGAGCACAUGUUCCCUGAUUCUCCUCAUCAUGCUAAGGCGUGGUACUCCUUCAGCCCGUGUGGUUACAAAUCCAUCAAUAGUCGUCGCUUCAAUAGGGAAACAAAGAAAGGCUCUUGGAAGAUGAACAGCAAGCAACGGGAUGUGGGCUCGAAAUAUUUCACUUGCAAAAAGAGGACAUUAACCUUCCAAAUAAAGACCUUCCAGGAAGGUAGUAAGUCUAAAUCCGUUCCGACCGGCUGGAAAAUGCACGAGUACAUUUGCAUUAAACCUAAACGGGGUUCUAGUCCUCAUCAGGAGAGGGAUCAGCAAAGGGACCUUGUUCUCUGCGUCCUGAAGUAUAAGCCAGUUGAUUCUAAGUCUAAUACGGGUACUUCGAUCCGUGGUGAUUUUGCUGAUAGUACUGGUAAUCGAGGCUACAUUGCAUCUAGUCCCGGAGAUGAUGAAGCUGCUACUGCUGCUGCAAUGAAUCAAGAUGAUGGUGAACCUGGUGGCGGCAGCAGCUCAUCUGAUUUUAUUAAUAAAUCUCUAUGCGACAUGAUUCAAGAGUGGCAGUCAUGUGCUCCGGCAGUAGAAUGUCUGAAUUCAUUCCUUCCUCUUCAUGAACAACCACAGCUUGGACAUUCUCUUGAUAUCUGUAGUCAUGAAUUGCUUGAUCCUGGUACUGGUGGCUGCAUCACCUAUAGUUCUGAUAACCAAGCUGCUGCAACGAAUCAUAUUAUUCCCGACACAGAAGAAAUUCUUGCAUCCAAACAGCUAGAAGGAAGUGCUGUGCUUGGCAGUGGCAAUCAUGAUGAUGGUGAACCUUGUAGCGGUAUUUCAUCUGAUUUUAAUGACCAUGCAGUAGAUGAUAUGCAGGAGUUUGAUCAGCUAGACAAACUUUUGGAUUUGCCCUUAUCUCCUCCUGAGCUGUCUCAACCACACCAGCUGGAAAAUGUUCCGGGCGUCCAUAGUGGCAAAUUCAGUAACUGGCCAUCUCCAAUUGGGGUUAAUACUUCUUAUGUUACUAAUAAGAAUAAUAUUGCAACCAAUUGCGAAAACGAACCAGUUAUCAACGUCGCUUUUAAUUCUUAUAAUCGAGCGACAGAUGAAAGGAUUUCCGAGGUUUAUUCUCAGGCAGAAGAAAAUCUGAGUUUACCCUUUCAACCGUUUGAUCAGCCUCAAAAUUACACAUGGCAGUCGCCAAUGUUGUUCUCAGAAGUGGGAGAGCUUCUGCAUGCCAAUAACUAUAUUGGAUGCAACGAGUCGCAAUUUCUAGAUAUGGAGGUUGCGACUCUUUUCCCACAAAGUUCUUGAAUAACAGAGGCAUCGUACACUCUUUUCAACGCUCCAACCUACAAGAGUCAUUGAGAUGGGUGUAUGAUGGGCAUAGUGGAGUAACCCAGUGAUACUAACGCUGAGUUACUCCACUGACGUGCAAAAGAUUAUUCUGCAUUAGCUAUUGGAGAAACACUCCAAUAUUGUUAAUGAACAACGAUUUUCUUAUCUGUAGGAGAAUAUCAAGAGUGCCUUGUGAGAAUGUGCCUCCAACUCACAUUGUUACACCGUUAUAUUCUCCUACAAAUAAUUCAAAAACAUUCGCAGUUAUCAACAUUUCUGCAACCAGAUUUUCUGGGAACUUAUUCGUAGGUGUGGACAUUUAUGUCCAGGAACCGCAACAUAAGUUAUGUAGUCUUUGACACAGUAUUGAUUUUGGACAAAUAUGUCCCAAAUCAUUGUUGUGUGUCACAGAAUCCCCAAGUCUUGUAUACUUCAUCCUUGUUAGGUGAACUUUUGUUGGUACAAAGGAACACCAGGAAAUGCAAAUGGUUGAAAUGCUAUCCGGAAUUCUACCCUUCUCGGAACACGAUGAGUCCAGACAAUGUAGGAAUGUCUUUUCUCACAAGCGUUAUUCGAAGAUGGUACUUCCUCUUUCAACACCACUACAGAUAUUCCUCAGAUGAGUAGCUCUUCAACCGGAAUUCUACCCUUCUCCGAACAUGAUGAGUCCAGACAAUGUAGUAAUGUCUUUUCUCACAAGCGUUAUUCGAAGAUGGUACUUCCUCUUUCAACACCACUACAGAUAUUCCUCAGACGAGUAGCUCUCUAUCCUACAAGUCAAACAACACACAACCGCAAUAUCCACCAACAUCCAUCCCUGUCUGCCCACAUGGAGAUGCUCCAAGAAGAAUCCGAAUGCAGAGCAGUGUCACGAAACAAGGACAGUGAAGCUGCAGCUAGCGCAUUGUAUUGCUUUCUGCUCAUACUGUUCGAAGCAGGCAUGGAAUGUGCAACGAAUUGAAGGGUUCUUUCAAUUUCCCGGAAGCAUCUCCAUUAAGCGAUAAAUCAAGUAGUCCACGGUAACACUAUUUCAGUUACAACCAAGUUCUAUGGUUUUCGAUCAAAAGCGGAUUUGCUUUGUUCCGCAUUCACUUUACAGGAGCUGCUGCUACAUGGCUGCUGGAUACUCAACUGAUAUAUAAACAUAACCAGACACUAAUGUGAUGCCAUGGUUAUGUAAAUAGAAUCUUUGAGUUCCAUCCUUGAUGGAGUAGUAGGUUAUGUAAAUAGAAUCUUUGAGUUCCAUCCUUGAUGGAGUAGUAGUAACAUUUAUUUUUCAAAAGAAAAGUUGUAUGAUUAAUUAGAAGGUCUUAUCAAUGACCUACUUUUAAAUGUGAAACACCAAAACUUGUAUCGUUGUUA